AAAAAUAUUUAUCUAAUUGCAUUUCCGUAAAUAUAUCAACAACUUUUAUUAUAUACGGGUCCUACAAAUGUUGAUUUAUUUUCCUAUGAAAAUCUCUAAAAUGACCUCAUGUUACACCUUUACAAUUUCCACUUCCUCAAGCUCCAAUUCUCCAACUUAAAAACUUCAAUCACAGACUCACAUUGAAAACACUCCCAAAAAUCCCAAAACCUAAAAACUUAACUUGAGCUCAACAGUAGUAGGACAAUAAUGGCUUCCAGCGGUGGCGGAGCAGGCGGUCCAUCAUCGCCAUCACCAAAAAUCUUGUUAGCAAAGCCAGGUCUUGUCGCCGGAAGUCCUUCCGCCGCCGGAAAAUUCAUCCGAGGUUCCGCCGGAGAAGACGAUGCUUCUUUAUCAGCAGCUUCAAUUCGGUCUCGUCUUCCUCCUGUUGGCUCCCUUAAUCUCCUCUCCGAUUCAUGGGAUUUCCACUUUGAUCGUUUUCUUCCUUUUUUGACGGAUAAUACUGAUUUUACUGUAAUUGGAGUAAUUGGGUCUCCUGGAGUUGGAAAAUCGACUAUUAUGAAUGAGAUUUAUGGGUUUGAUCCUACCUCUCCUGGAAUGUUACCUCCAUUUGCAAUUCAAUCCGAGGAAACUCGAGCAAAUGCUAGGCAUUGUACAAUUGGUAUUGAACCUCGGAUUUCUUCUGAACGUUUGAUACUACUUGAUACUCAGCCUGUGUUUAGUCCAUCAGUGUUGGCUGAAAUGACGAGACCAGAUGGCUCAUCUACAGUCCCUGUUUUAGGAGGUGAAACUCUAUCUUCUGAAUUGGCUCAUGAGCUUCUAUGCAUCCAGCUUGGUGUGCUACUUUCUUCUGUUUGUCAUGUUUUGCUGGUGAUAUCAGAAGGAGCUCAUGAAGCUAAUAUGUGGCGCUUAAUGUCAACGGUGGACUUGUUGAAACAUGGCUUACCUGAUCCUUCGUCAGUAACAUCACACUUGCAAAGCUCAAGCUCAGGCACGGAUAAGGAUAACAAGGACAAGUUUCUAGAGGGCGGAGAAGAAUACAUGGCAACUCCUGUUUUCAUACAUACCAAACUGCGAGAUGAAGAUGUUUCACCACAGACUUGUGAGCAGAUGAAGAAGGUUCUUGGGCAAUAUUUUCACUCGUCUUCAUUCACAAGACCAACAGCGGAUGAUCAUAUGUCUAUCCCAAAAUCUCACCAUUCUCAGGACACCAACGUUGACCCUAAACUGUUGGACUUGUUCUUGGUACCUAGAAGAAAAGAUAACUCAUUGGAACUUGGCUAUGAAAGCUGUGAUUCAAUGUUGUGGAGAAUUCGGGAUCACAUAUUGUCUAUGGCCCGUCCCUCUUUUGCAAGAACUGUUUCUGAACGAGACUGGCUGAAAAACACUGCAAAGAUAUGGGAAUUGGUGAAGAAUUCUCCCACCAUUGCAGAUUAUUGCAGAACUCUUCAAAGCUCAGGUUUAUUUAGGAGAUAGCUCUUUUACUUUAUUGAUUGAUUUCUUAGUUAUCAGGGAAUUGGUCAUAGAGACGUUUGUGGUGAUUUAGAUUGUAACUUGAUGAUAAUAGAUUGAUAGUUGCUUGUUCAACUAUAGUUAGAAACCUCCAUUUGUCUCCAUUGUUCAUUCUUAAUAGACAUAGCAAACUAGAAAUUUAGUCCUUCAGGAUCAGGGAGUCUGGUGAUAAUUUUAGGACCUGUCAUGACAUUAUUUAGAUAUUUGCCUUUGAGCUUGUAAUUCGUAACAAUUAUAGAAUAUUAAAAUAAUUUUGCGAUGUUCA